GGGAUACGUGUACUACCGUUCCCGGCGUGCCCCGCGCGGCCCGGAAAGAGCCGUCAGCAGCUGGAGCCGCAGGCAGACAUGGCGGGGCAGAUGGCUGUGCUGGGCUCUGCUGUGCUGGCCCUGCUCUUAGCCAGCUACCUGGCACAACAGUAUCUGCCCUUGCCCACCCCCAGAGUGAUUGGGAUCGACCUCGGCACCACCUACUGCUCUGUUGCUGUCUUCCUGCCUGGAAGUGGGGAUGUGAAGGUCAUUGCAGAUGAGAAGGGGCACAACAGCAUUCCCAGUGUCGUCUCCUUCACAGACACAGGGGUGCAUGUGGGCUAUGAGGGCCUGGAACUGGCCGAUGCCAAUCCUCAGAACACCAUAUAUGAUGCCAAGAGAUUCAUUGGGAAAAUCUUCACUAAAGAAGAGCUGCAAAGUGAAAGCAGCAGGUAUUCCUUUAAGGUUGUCAACAACAAAGGAUUAGCUGAAUUUUCUGUGACAACUAAUGAAACCUUUCGCAUCACUCCAGAGCGCAUUGGCUCUAAGCUGUUGCUGAAACUGAAGAAAAUGGCAGAAGCCAACCUUGGCAUGUCCAUUUCCAAGGCAGUCAUCUCCGUGCCAGCAGAGUUUGAUGAAAGGCAGCGGAAUUCUACCAUUAAGGCAGCUAACCUUGCAGGGCUCAACGUUUUGCGAGUAAUCAAUGAGCCCACGGCUGCUGCUAUGGCUUAUGGGCUCCACAAAGCUGAUGUGUUUAAUGUUCUGGUGGUGGAUUUGGGUGGAGGAACUUUGGACGUGUCUCUGUUGAACAAGAUGGGAGGGAUGUUUGUCACACGAGCCAUGGCAGGUAACAACAAGCUUGGAGGACAGGAUUUCAAUCAGAGGUUGAUGGUGUAUUUAUAUGAUCAGCUCCGCCAAACGUAUGGUUCUCUGCCAGCACAAAAAGAGGAGGUUCACCGCCUCAGGCAGGCCGUGGAAGCUGUUAAAUUAAACCUGACUGUCCAUGAGGCAGCUACACUGAGAGUGCUGUUGACUCUGCCAGCAAACAAGCUUACAAGAGGACUUGCAAAAAGCCGGGUAAAAACAAACAGUGCGCUACAAGGUGAGGUUUCACAAGACACAAAAGGCCUGAAAAAUCUUGGAGACACUUCCAAAGUAGAGGAUGACUUUGUCGAAGUUGUGUUUGAAACGGAAAUCUCUCGGAAGCUGUUUGAGACAUUAAAUGAGGACCUUUUUGAGAAGAUUCUUGUGCCCAUUGAACAAGUGUUGAAGGAAGGGCACGUGCACAAAGCGGAAGUGGAUGAAAUUGUGUUAGUUGGAGGCUCCACACGGAUUCCCAAAAUACGUGAGGUUAUUCGGGACUUCUUUGGAAAGGAGCCCAACACCUCUGUAGAUCCUGACCUGGCAGUUGUGAUGGGCGUAGCCAUCCAAGCAGGAAUUCUUGCCGGGUCCUGGCCUCUCCAAGUCAGUGCUAUAGAAAUUCCUAACAAGCAUUUACGGAAGACUAAUUUUAACUGAAAAGAAACUCUUCUCAGUUGCAUUCCAGCUCUCCAGAAGGAUCCAUACUUAUCUGACUGGCAACAGAACUUAAUGUUAGCUGCAUUCUAUUAAAUUUUCACCUGUUCCAGUUAGAUGUUACUGGGCACUUACCUGUGCUAAAGCUUGGUGUUACUUUAAAGGUACAAACAAGUUCUGAA